AUGACUUACACGUUGGCAAUUUUAGGCUGCGGAGUUAUGGGCCAAGCACUUCUUUCAGCUAUUUAUAACGCCCCAAAGGCGGCCAAUGAAACUACUGCUGCAUUUUAUCCUUCCAAGAUCAUCACAUGUAACCAUGAUGAACCCAGUGCGCAACAAGUUACUGAUCUAGUCGAGACAUUCGACGAAUCCCCAAACGGUAUCAGAGUGGAAAGCACUUACGGUGACAACGUGAGUGCUGUCAAGGAAGCUGCUGUAGUUCUUCUUGGUACAAAACCAUUUUUGGCAGAAGAAGUAUUGAACGGUGUGAAGAGCGUCAUCAAUGGAAAGUUACUUAUCUCGUUAGCAGCAGGCUGGACUAUAGACCAACUAAGCCAGUACACUAGCACUGUUUGUCGCGUUAUGACGAACACGCCUGCCAAAUAUGGCUAUGGUUGUGCGGUGGUAUCCUAUUCAAAUGAUGUUUCCAAGGAACAAAAGCCACUGGUCAAUGAGUUAAUCAGUCAAGUUGGUAAAUACGUUGAACUACCAGAGAAGAACAUGGAUGCAGCUACUGCAUUGGUCGGCUCCGGCCCUGCUUUUGUUUUGUUGAUGCUAGAAUCCUUAAUGGAAAGUGGAUUGAAGCUGGGAAUUCCAUUGCAAGAGAGUAAGGAGUGUGCCAUGAAAGUCCUAGAAGGAACAGUGAAAAUGGUUGAAAAAAGUGGUGCUCAUCCAUCUGUUUUGAAGCACCAAGUUUGCACACCAGGUGGUACAACAAUUGCCGGGUUAUGUGUCAUGGAAGAGAAGGGCGUCAAGAGUGGUAUUAUCAAUGGUGUUGAAGAGGCCGCCCGUGUUGCAUCACAACUAGGCCAAAAGAAAAAAUAG